GCGGCGGGGCCGGGGCAUGGCGCCGGGGGGGCGCUGAGGUGAGCCGGGAGCGGGGCUCGGGGCCGCGGUGCCCGCCCGUGAGGCGAUGGCGACCGCCCGCUGCCCGCCUUUCUUUCCCCCGCUCCCACCCCCGGGGCCGGCGGCUGGGAGGCGGCCCGCGACCAUUUUCUGUGGCGCGCUGCCAUUUCGGGAGGGCCCCGAGGGCCUUUCCAGCCUUCCGAAAGCUGAACGGCUUUGGAUCUGCCUGGCGCUCCUGGGAAGAAGAAGAAACGCUUUGGCUGUGAAAUAAUCGAUAUUCGAAGCGUGGCCGCUUGCUUCAGCUCCUUCUUGGCUGCCUGGAUGCCGGGUGGACGUGGAGGUCGGCUGUGCCGCGUGUUUUAGCCCCGAAAAUGAAGUUUCUGCGUGGGAUCUGUGGCCUUAAAGGAAACCCUUGGUGGCACAUGGAGUGAUUAGACGUUUUUCUCCAGGGCUUUUUCCCUGGCUUUAACGGGUGCCUUCUUCUGCGUGAUGACCUUAGUCCUCAGGGAUACGAUGGAGCUCCUAGAGGAAGACCUCACCUGUCCCAUUUGCUGCAGCCUGUUUGAUGAUCCUCGUGUCCUGCCCUGUUCACACAACUUCUGCAGAAAGUGUCUGGAAGGCAUACUCGAGGGAAACGUGCGGAACGUGCUGUGGAGGCCGUCCCCUUUCAAGUGCCCCACGUGCCGGAAGGAAACUCCUGUGACGGGAGUCAACAGCUUACAGGUCAACUAUUCCCUGAAAGGCAUCGUGGAGAAGUACAACAAAAUCAAAGUCACUCCCAAAAUGCCCGUGUGCAAAGUGCACAGCGGGCAGCCCCUCAACAUUUUUUGCCGGACGGACAUGCAGCUGAUCUGCGGGGUUUGCGCCACCCGCGGCGACCAUACGAAGCACGUGUUCUGUUCCAUCGAGGAAGCUUACUCCCAGGAGAAGCGGGCUUUCGAAACCCUCUUCCAGGGCUUUGAGACGUGGCGGUGCGGGGACGCGCUCUCCCGCCUGGACACUUUAGAAACCAGUAAGCGCAAAGCCUUGCAGAUGCUGACCAAAGAUUCCGACAAGGUGAAAGAGUUCUUCGAGAAGCUGCAGCACACGCUGGAGCAGAAGCGGAACGAGAUUCUCUCCGACUUCGAGACCAUGAAGCUCGCGGUGAUGCAGGCCUAUGACCCGGAGAUCAAUAAACUGAACACCAUCCUGCAGGAGCAGCGGAUGGCUUUCAACAUCGCGGAGGCCUUCAAGGAUGUGUCCGAGCCCAUUAUUUUUCUGCAGCAGAUGCAGGAGUUCAGGGAAAAAAUCAAGGUGCUCAAAGAAACCCCGUUACCGUGUUCCAACGUGGACGUCAGCCCUACGAUGAAGAGCUUCGAUACCAGCCAGUGGAACGGGAUAAAACUGGUUGAUGUGGACAAACUGUCCUUGCCUCAGGAAAACAACACCCUGAAACUGAAGAUUCCCUCAGUCUUUUCGCGCAGGUUUAUAGUAACCUCUCUUAUUUGCUUGCUUCUUCUUGCUGUCACCAGAAUGUCCUUUGUGGAGUCUGUCGUUGACAAUCUCCAGUGCUGGAAGUCUCAGUUCUUUACAAUUAGCCUAUCUUAUUUGGCAGAUACAGUGGAGAUAGCAGAUCAUGCCGUCUUUUACUGGGAACAGAUGACAGAUGGAGCUUCGCUUCUGAGGGAAAAGUGUAAAAACUAUACGUUGGUUGUACUGGAUAACGUUGCGCAGUUUGUGUGCAAAUAUAAACUGUUGUGAAGCCCCUACUGAAAUGUAAGAAGUAAAAGAGAUCUGGUGAAGAAAACAUAAAGCUUUGUAAAAUUAAUUGUGCUUUUUUUUAAAGACUUCCAAUGAAAACACUCAAAACGUUUUGAUUCAAAAUGUUCAGUAAUGAUUCAAAAUGUUCCAGUAAUGUUCAUGCAGUUUGAGCACUGCUGAACUUGAAGGUGAAGGGGAGCUUUGGAAAACACAUGGAUUCAGGAUUCUUGUUGCAGGUGAUGAGGGGAGUAAUUCCUCGUUUUAAAUCGUUUUCCUUACCGAAACGUAGGGCCGAGCUAUGUGCUUAGUGUGAUGGUAAUGUGUUUGUAGAAUCAGAGAUUGUAUACCCUUUGAUAAAAAGUGUUCCUCCCUGAAGGGCACGGUUAAUUUUAACUUAUUUUCCUGACGGGGAGGUGGUUUGGAAACGGGCAGAGCAGUUCUGAUGGAGAAGCAGAGCACUGUACUGGGAGGCGCCCUGCAAAGCACAGGGCGCAUAGCUCCCACCCUGGAAACACUACCCGAGUAUGUUUCUACUGGUACUCACUGAAAUAGGUAUGUGUAUGUAUGUGUACGGGUAUAUAUACAUACAGGUCUAUAUAUUUUUGUGUCUAACCAAAAGCUGAGUUGUCCUGCGUACUCAGAUUACUGUAGGUAAUGGCUAUUGUUUACAUGUACUAUACAAAAACCUAUCUCCAGGGCAAGCAUCUUGAAUAAAUCCUAGGGGUAAAGAGAAACCAGCCGAGGCUGCUGAGAGAAGAACAAGCUGCGUGCUUGCAGUUUACUUUUCUGGCGUGAAAUUGUCGGGGGGGGGGGGGGGGGGGGGGGGCGGGGCGAGCUGUCUUGGUAGAUCCAUGUUUCUUUAAAGCCACAAUUCCUUAAAAAGUGUCUCCAAAGCAAACAGCUCGGUGUGGCGAGAGGCAGGCCUGUGGUCGGCAGGCCUGUGUUCUAGCCCCGCAAAGGUGGCAGCAGAUUCUCUCCUCUCCUCUCUGUCGAUCCAGAUUGUAAUUCCAAGAGCCAGGAAACUGUGUGUAACGCCAUGGGAGCGUGGGUGUUGGUGCUUGGAAGGGCUUUAGCCCUGGAACGUGUAUAGGCUCUCCUACUGUUACUGGGUUGUCGUGCACCUUGUUUCAGGAAUUAAUUGAACUUUCUGAGUGCGUCGGCUUGGCCGUAGGAUAACGCAGAUUUCAAGUGAGCUGUAAGCUUGAGUUCCCCGAAGUGCCCUUCUCUAAGAGCAUACGAUACUGAAAUAUAUUGCCUGAAGUACAUCCAGCCUCCUUUUGCAGUGGUCCUCUGAGCAGCAAGAGGUAGAAUGAAAACAUUUUGUGGACGUUUCCAGAAAACAAACGUAAUGGGUGCCAUGCUGCGGGGGUAUUCCUCGGCCUCCGUCAAGAUUUAAUCUGUUGCGACGGUCAAUUCGCUGUCUUCCAGUAGUCCUUGCAAGCGGCUCAUUUCAAAAAUAAAACGCUAAAUUCCAAGAAUCAAAGUCUCCAAGCAACCGAGCCCUGCAAACAAAACUAUUGUACACGGUAUUUACAGCUUUGUUGCCUGGGAAGCCUGUCGCUGCUCCACACCUCGCUCCAAACACUCGCAGGAAGCGGCGAAUGCUUCGUGCAGCUGCAGAUGGCUCGCAGUUUAGGAAAGAUCCAGCCACAGACGUGGAGAGCAGAGCGUCAUAAUAAUUCUUGACGGGCUGAGACGGCAAUGAGCAGUCGGGAGGUGGUCGCUCUGAGCGUGGGAGGUGUGAGAUUUGUAACCCGGGCGUCCACCUUGCGGCAGUUCCCCGAGUCCAGGUUAGCACGGAUGUUGAGCGAAGACGACCAGGAAUUUAAGCUGGUGAACGGGGAGUUUUUUGUGGACAGGGACGGAACUUUGUUUAGUUACAUCCUGGACUUUCUGAGGACUCUGCAGGUCUCUCUGCCUGCUGAUUUUUCGGACUUCGAGAGGCUGCGCAGAGAAGCAGAGUUCUAUGAGCUCUACCCUCUGGCUGACCUUCUGGGCCAGGAACACCUGCUGAAGCCAAGGCUGGAGAUCCUGGAGGUGCGUUUUUUCCUCCAGGAGACGCAGGCUUUUUUCCGCAUCUUUGGUUCCUGCAGCACCACCGUGGAGAGGCUGGCUGACCAGAUCACCGUGUUCAUGGGGCAGAGCUGGAGUAGCCCUUUUCCUUCUCAGAAACCACUUGUUCCACUUCCCUCGGAAAGACCUUCUCAUCACGACCUGGUUUUUCAGUGUGGAACUGAAUAUGCCACCGGUGACCAGUUUGUGGCCAGGUACUCUCCAUGGUGUGACUUUUCAGUGUGGAAAUGUCUUCAGGACUAAUAGUCCACGAAGUACGCGCUCGUUUUAAAGAAACUAUUGGACAAAUGUCUGAGAGAAAUGAAAAAAAAAAUCCAUCCUUCUGUACUUUAUAUUUCUCCAGUUCUGAAGUGCCCAGUUGAAUUUCUGUUACACUGAUUUGCCUGUUCUUAAAAAUGUUCCUGACUUUUAAAAAUCCUGUUCUCGAUGUUUGUUUGUUUUUUCUGUUCUGUUGGGUCUUUCUCUCUCCUUUCCUCUGUGCUCUCGCUGCUAGGCUUUAGGAUUUCGUGGCAUCGGUGACCUCCUAGAAAACUUGAAAAACACAGAGCGAAAUGAGAGAAAGGAAACAAAAUCAGGAGUGAGGUGCAGGAGAAAGCUGAAAUCCACUGACUCAUGGCCCCCUAGACUUUCAUAUCAAAAAAAGAAUGGCUAAACAGAGUUGAAAACACCGGUGGAACUGAGAUGGUAAUUCAGGGGCUGGAAAGCUUUUGUAGAGCCUUUUAACCGCGGGGAGGGAGAAGGGGGAGAUCAUUAGCUGUGUGCUGCACAGUGGGUUUUCUUUGAAAUCAGAGCCAGGUUCGGUUUUUAUUAAGACUGCUCUAAAUCAAGAGAGUUUUGGGAUAGCAGUACCGUAUUCUAAUGACAACUUAUAGUUUUUAAACAAGCUCUUGCUGGAUGUCUCCAUCGUAUGGAGACACGUUCUUACUGUAUAAGAAAACGUAACCUCAUUUGUCCUCUGCGACUGUUAGAACAUCUGGAACUUUAUGGAAAUUUCACUGAAAUCGUUCCAAAAGGGUUAUUCUCUCUGAAUAUCUGAAUUAACACUGCAGUCCUUUGAUAACUGAGUUUAUCUUCCUUCCUUUUAGCUUUCUGUAGCUGAGCAAGUGGAGGGAAGAGAGAGCUACUUUGCAUUUGUGAAGCAACACGUCUUUACGUGCCAAACCUUAAUUUUGUAAUUUUUGAAAUGAUUUUGCUUGACUAACAGUUGGCUGAGUAGGUUCCGACAACUUGAAGAGUGGGAAAAAUAUUCUCGAUUCUUUCCUUUAUUUCUUCAGACUUAGUGAAACUUUUCCUUUGCAGACUGGUGGACGAGCGUACCUUGAUUAGUGAAACAAGAAAACUUUGAUUACGCAGCCUGCUGAAUUUCUGUUGACUUAUUCUCUGUGGUGAAAGAGAUUCUUUCGCCUUUUUUUUUUUUGUGUGCUUUCCGUGCCUGUUUGGUGUAAUUCCCUGUGGACUGUGGAACAGUUUCACCCGUCAGCUUACGUGUUUUGUAAUAGUAUUUUUACGACUGCUGUUCCUUGAAGUGUCUGGGUAGGUUCUUGAGCUGUACUUUAUAUCAAUUAAAGUUCUUUGAGGCGACGUGGAUAUGAUUUUCUUACUUGUCACCACACGGCCUGCUGUACAAGGUAACUUUGCAAUAAAUGUCACUGUUUGUAAGA